AUGCAGUUCCGAACGGUCCUUGAAGUGAAAGUUGUGGAUGUGCAGAAGAGGCGGAAUCCCUCCAAACAUUAUGUGAGUACUCUAUUUGUUAUGUGAGUACUCUAUUUGUCUCUGCCAGUGUCAGACACUUGGCUUGUGCUUCAUGGUCAUAAACAAUGAAUUGAAGUUUUGUCUGAGCUAUCACUGUAAAUACGUGCACAUGCUUAUUCUUUUAUUAGACGUUUGUGGUGAUUCUGCUGUCAAAAUAAGUAAGAACUUCAGUUAUCCAUAUUGCAGAAUUAAAUGCCCCCUGGACAAGUGGGAACAAUGCUAGUCUCUAUGGAGGAAAAUAAAUGAGUCCACCAGGUCCAAUAGGAUUAAUUAAGCAGAGUUAAUUAAUUAAGCAGAGAGAGGAUCAAUGUAACCAGUACUCCCUGAGGUCCCUAAACCCAGUGCAAAGCCUUCCCCCUGGGGUGUCACAUUAGGAGAUGCUGCUGGCCUGGGAAGUCCAGUGAGGUAAACAUAAAUCAAAUCUCAUUAUCUAUGAGCUAAGCAACUGAAAAAUGCUUAUCCUGUUUUAGAGAGAGGAAAGAAGCAAACCUUUGUCUUUUGUGUCCAAGGUUCCAGUGUGACUUCCUUGCAUGAGAGAGGGACACUGGACACAAUAACUCAGAGAGCCCUUGGCAACUACAUUAUUACCGCUGUACUUAGCGAUUGAAGACCGUUUCUUUCAGAUAAUUUCAAUCACCUCCAGUCCAAAAAUAAAUGUUGUUAAAACUAAAGGAUUAUCUAUACUAUAUAUAAACCAAAUGGGACAUUGCCAAGUAUUGACAACCCUUUGUUUCACUUGCCUUGGACAAAGUCCUAUGUCCUUGUGAUUUUAGCUAGUAAGAAUAAGUAAUAACAGUCUCCACAUACCAUAGCUUUAAUGUCAGGUGUUUUUGCUUAAUGUCCUGCCAGCAUGGAGAUAUUCUGUGGAAUCUGACCUUUGACAAAGUCUUGAGAAUGUGCUAGCCAUGCAGAUAUUAUGCUGACUUGCGUGAUGUGGAUAUGGUCAGAUACCAUGUUGGAUUUUAUUCAGUCCAAUAACAACACCAGAAUGUGAUUGUUUUGUACAGAUGUAGGAUCUUAAUUUGAUCAUCAUGUGCCAGGAGAACUUUCCUAAAAUGCAGGGAUUGUAAAACAUGUAGUGAAUAUUGCUGCAGGAUUAUUUUUCUACUGUAUCAAACUGUCUCAAAUUAAGAUCCUACAUCUGUAUUGUACAUUCAGCAGUAUUAUAUUGGGCUUGAGAGGACCUUUCUUGAUGAUGUGUUGAAUGAGUCUCUAGUGCCCAAAACACUGCCAUAAUAAAUAUACUAAAUGUGUGUCAUACGAACAAAUGAGGUGUCUGAACUGACAUUACCAUUUACUGCACAGCUAAACAUGUACUCUCUAUGCAUUCUCUUAGACAUUCUCAAAGGGUACUGUAUUUACCACACUUUAAGGCACUGUUUUCUAAACACAUAAUCCAAAGCAUUUGGUCAUGCCGUCAGCACUCAAUUAACUGCACAGGAACAUGUUCCACCCUGCAACACACUAUUUCUGUAGUGAACUAUGCUGUAAAAUCAAGACUUGAUUUCAAAUAGGACACUUACAUCUUUACAGAUUGUAGCAAUGUGUAACAACACUCAGAACUCACAUGCAAAUGCUGAACAAUAGCAUAUGUUCCUGCAUCUGCAGUAGAAGAAAGGGUGUGCCCAAGUGUUUGUGGCACAUAGUGAGUGCCAGGGAGAGCUCCCACUCUAGCCAUAUAGUUAUAGCCAACAGCCCCCUGUGGAGCUUAUGCCAUGGCUGUAGACUAGAGUCUGACAAAACAAGAUUGUAAAAUACUAGAAAAUGUAUUCUAACUAGCUCGAGUUACUAUCAAAGUAAGAGCCAAUGAAGUGUGAAUAUUGGAUUAUUUGCUUGAAUUGUUUGAAUAUCAACCCAGAAUAAAGUGGCAAAUGGUUAAAACCUGUUGACCCCCUCUAUGACCCCACAACAGGAUUCAAAUGAGGUGUGUGCAGACAGACAGGCAUAAUGAGUAAACUUGACCUCUUGAAGUUUAGUCUGAAGGGAAUACUCUAUGUAAAUUUGGGGUCAGUCAAAACUAAGUGUUAUUAUGUGUCUUUGAUGAAUGUGACUUUGUUGUUAAUUAAUCUUCCUUGUUUGUUUUCUUCUGUAGGUGUACCUCAUCAAUGUCACAUACUCUGACUCCACCUCUCAUGUCAUCUCCAGGAGAUACAGCAAAUUCUUUGAUCUCCAGGUAAGUUCCACCAUAGCACAAUGAUGUAGAACCAUUCUCCAGUAGCUGUUUGAUCAUGUACUCAAUCCUCUUAAAUUUAUAGUAACGGGAACUUGUAUUAAAAACAGUGAAUCUGUACGCUUUAACAUCUCACGCAGCUAUUUUUCUUUCCAUGCAUACAUUUCUUCACUCACCUUUUCCCAACCCUGUCCAUAGAGGUUCUAUGGAUUUCUUAUCAAACUGACCGGCUGUCCUCUAAAUGGAUCAUAAUACUUAUGAUAUAUUACAAUAUGUUGCAAAAGACAUUGCUAUGAGGUUCUCUAUGAGAUGAGACCAACAUGAUUUUUUUGUGAUGGCCAUCUGGUGCUCAAUGGGGAGUCAAACCUCAAUGCUCUCAGUGUAUUUCAAUCAGGGGAAGCCCCAACUGAAAGAUCCCAUUAAAGACCACUGGUGCCUGACGGAAGUAGGGAAAAUCCCAUCGCACAUGCGUCAUACGUCCUGCAGAAUAGUGGUGAGAGAGGAAAAAAUGACCUCAGGCUGAGAGAUUGGAUGUGGGGUGAAGUUGCCCCUUAAUCGGUUGGAGGGACAUCAAUGCCCUCGAGAGAAACUUAUUGGGCUGCUGAUCCCAAACAUUCCAAUUGAAACCCAUAAAGACACAUGAAUGUGGGGAGGCCACAACUCUGAACAGGGUGGGCUCUCCUGUCUCAGUGAUGGUAGGUCUCUGUGAAACACUAUCUGAAACUCUCUCAUUACAUUUUACAUUUUAGUUAAAUGUCAUUUUACAGUUAGCAGAGGCUCUUAUCCUGAGCGACUUACACUGUGCUUCUAAGAAGGUAGGUCAGACGACCACAUAAUGGCCAGUAAAACCUUGUUCUGUCCAGCCAGACUGUAUUACAGGUCUCGUGACUGUGAUGAAGGCGGCAGAGGAAACCCUUUGUUCCAGGGGCCCUUGCUAAUAGCCAGGAAAAUCCUGCUAUCCUGCUCGGUUUGAUGGAAACAUAGCUUCUCCCCUGUCUCUGUCUCUGUCUCUGUAAAUAUUAGUCUUGUCCAGAGAUCACUACUGCUGGCUCUGGCUCACUGUCUGUGCUAAUCAGUGAGGAGCACCGGUCAACAGCUGUCCACACAAAGAAUGGGUGGAGAUACUGCCUUUUACAAGUCCCUUAUAGGCCUUUGAACAUAGUCAUACAGGAUGGUCCAUUAGUCAGUUAUGGUGUUGUUUAGCCCUCAUAUUGUAUGCACUGACUGAAAGUAUAUGGUGUAGAUGUAUAUUUUAUCAUUGUGGGACAAGGUACAGGAAGAAGGGCAGAUUCAUUGGAUGAUCCAGGAAAUGGAUUCUCCACUUGCCUCUCACAACCACAAUUAUAACAUUACAGUAACAGGGUUAGUUAUCUUCACCAACAUCUCCAAGUCCUCAUCUGAACAAUGUUUUGUAUUUUUGCGUAAGCAAGUAAGUUUAGAGCUUAAUUCUAUUGUAGCCCAAUUUGAGAAUGACAAUUUCACACAGGCUUGGUAUUUCGUAUUUUAUUAGGAUCCCCAUUAGCUGACGCAAUAGCAGCUGCUACUCUUGCUGGUGUCCUUUAUAGAUCUGUAGAUGAAAACACUGAACACUGAUGGAGUGAUUGAGUCUCCUGGACGUCCUUCUUCCAGGCCAGUGAGAUUUGCGACCUCCGUGGGGGGUAUAGGAUCCAGCUGAGGAGACGGCAUGCCCAAUCCCAACAUGCACUGGGUGGAAUGAAGGGGAAGUCAUGACCAGGAAUGAGGGAUGGCCACUGGGGAGUGAAAUGACCACCAAAGAUGAUGAGAGAGAGAUAAGGGUGCCGUUUCCUGCUACUACAUGAUCCCCCAGUUGUCCUAGCCUCUCAUUCACAGUUUUUAAAUUUAUUUGUAUUUAUUUUCUCCCCAAUUUCAUGACUACGAUCUUGUCUCAUCACUGCAACUCCCCAAUGGGCUCGGGAGAGGCAAAGGUCGAGUCAUGCUUCCUCCGAAACAUGACCCGCCAAGCCGCGCUUCUUAACACCCACUCGCUUAACCCGGAAGUCAGCUACACCAAUGUGUCGGAGUAAACACCGUUCAACUGAUGACUGAAGUCAGCUUGCAGGUGCCCGGCCCGCCACAAGGAGUCGCUAGAGCGCCUUGAACCAAGUAAAGCCCCCCCGGCCAAACCCUCCCCUAACCCAGACGACGCUGGGCCAAUUGUGCGCUCCCUAUGGGACUCCUUGUCACGGCUGGUUGUGACACAGCCUGGGGUUUGAUCCCCAGGCUGUAGUGAUGCCGCAACACUGAGAUGCAGUGCCUUAGACUGCUGUGCCACUCGGGAGGACUUCAUUCACAGUUUCUUGCUGUGUUUUGGUGAUGUACUGUAGGUUUCCAUUAGUUUGUUUUUCAACAUACAUCAUCUAACAUUAUGACAUUUUACUGUACUUUUUUUGGGCUACUAGUGUUGUAGAAAUCUAGCAAUAGUUAGUAUACAUGAUCCACUCCUUCAUUCCUCUCUAUUCUAUGAAAUCUUCUAGUGGCUCGUCUGAUUUCUCUCUUCAAUUAUUGUUUUCUGCUAAGGAGACACAAACCCUGUCUGUUUGAGUUAGUGUUUGUGCCAUGGUGCCAACAGACACCUACAGUUCAUCUGUGGCUCAGCUAUGUUCUCUGUCCUUUAAGCACAAUUACACUCAUCAAUGAGAAGCUGGCAGGGAACAGGAACAUGCUUUGCACUCUCUGGCUCGCCAUGGGAUCAUAAUAUACUUUUUCUAUUAUGAAAUAAUUACAUCUCAACUCAAUACUUUGUAGAUGGUGUGUAGUCAGUUGUAACGUGAAGCCGUACAUUUUUCAUGUGUUUAUGAAAUUGCCUGUCAUAGUUGUUGUCUGUCUUCAAGAUGCAGUAGCUCCUGACAGCUAGCGGUGUAGUAUUUUUAGCCAGUAUUUACUAGCUUAGCUAGUCAUUUGUCUUUUAGAUAAAGUUUCCCAUGGAAGUAUGGUGAUGGUUUAAGUACACUUACUCCUAAUGUUGCCAAACUCUCUAGCACACUCAUCAGAGCUCUUUACUGCUCCUCAGUGGCGGCUCCUGAAAAAUUCUCAGGAGGGGCAAUUUUUCUGAUGAUUUAGGUGACCUACACACAUUUAAAAAAAGAUAUGUCCAGCAACAACAUGAAGACAGGGGCAGCAUAUAAGUCAAUACCAGAAGCAUUUAUUGACUGAUCUCAAAAGUGUUGGCUUACCAGGGUUGGUGGAGCCCUCAGUUUCAUCUUUGCCUCGCAAAGCUAACUCAAACACUCCGCAAAACUUCACACACUGGAUUAGCCGGCUGAGGAUGUGGCGGUUCUUGCUAAUGUCGUAGUAAAUAUAUUUGUUAUAGUGAAUAUGGAAUAUGAUAUGUUGAGUAAAAUGUUGUGCUAAUAUCUAUUUAGGUCAGGAGCUGGUUAUAAGUUCUGUUCCUAUCCAAUAACAAUGGACAAAAGGGUCCUAUCUUGUCAGCCUUGUCAGCAGGUGGCCAAGGACAACACCCACGCCAUAGGCCUCUCAGUUCUUCCAACUCACGAGUUCUUGCUCUGAGGACACACACACACACAAACACACACACACACACAUCAUCACUGUUAAACACACACACACACACACACAUCAUCACUGUUAAACACACACACACACACACACACACACACAAAAUCCCCUCUCUUAGGCUGAACAUUUGAAGACAGAGAACCCGACUCAGAGCCAAUGCAACAGUGACAGUAGCCUGGAGGUGACCUCGCCCAACUCAUCAGGACCAAUCAGAAGAUCAGAACUACUAGAUUGAACCUACUUCAUUUAUUGCAUAAAAUGUCUGCACACAAUGUUUCGGGGCUCUCUUCAGAUAAUAAUAAUAAUAAUAAUAAUAAUAUGCCAUUUAGCAGACGCUUUUAUCCAAAGCGACUUACAGUCAUGCGUGCAUACAUUUUUGUGUAUGGGUGGUCCCGGGGAUCGAACCCACUACCUUGGCGUUACAAGCACCAUGCUCUACCAGCUGAGCUACAGAAAGUGGAUACUCAUGGAUGCGCAUUGCAAUUGUAAAAUGUCAACACAAUUGGAGACACCACGUCAUUUUUGGAGACAUGUUAUUGACAGUAAACUAUUGUAGAUGCGACUGCUAACUAAAUAAAACAUUUUAGCUGGCUAGCUAAUCAUCUUAGCUAAAUGUGGGGCAAACAAUUCAGUUAUUUACCGUUAAUUUGAGGGAUUGGGGUGAAAGAAAUCGAGUUACAUAGUGAUACUUUACGAUAUACUGUAUUGACAAUAUCGCAAUAUUUUAGCGCUAGUUGGCUGUACCUGCACCAAAACACCAUUAUUGUUCCUUCAUAGCUUGUUCUCAAUCUUUUCACAUUGGGAGCCAAUUUGUUUUCAGCACUUUUAUUUCCAUGACUGAUCAAAACUCGUUCUCAUGGCUUUCUGAUCCCUCUGCAACAGACAUAUGGUGCGCAAUAAAAUCACAGUAUCGAAUCGCAAUACGUAUAGAAUCAUGAGACUCGCAAUGCUGAUGCAUAUAUCUUAUCGUGAGGUUCCUGGCAAUUCCCAGCCCAAGUUCAUUUGCCACAACAAAUCUCUUCGCUAGCAAACGCGAUGUCUUCUCCAAAACGGCAAUGUGUCUCCAGCAAUGUUUACUUUUUUGACGUUCUAUGGCAUCUCCAAUUUCCAAGCAUAUAUGACCACAUGUAAUAUUUUGGUAAGUGAUGCAAAUAGUGAACUAUGUAGGGCCAGGAUGUAAAAUAUAUGUAGCUGCAGCAAUUUCUCUUAUCUGAUAUGGUAAGUAAUGGGGCUUAAUUUAUAGCUCCCUAAGAGUUUGACGAACGGGUCCGUGAACGCGAUUCCAGAUAUAUUUACCUCUGAAUAAACUGCCUUUAUUACACCAUAUCCACAUCCAGUAAACUUGUGAUUAUCAACACUAACCUCAUCGUUGUGACGGCGGACAGCUAGCCUGUAUCCCUCGUCAUCCAGUUGAGUGAGUGGCAAUGUCUUUUUUCGUUCGUACCAAUUUUUGGAAAAUCCUCGGGUGUAGGACUUUCCGCCUUUAGUAGAAACCUGUUGAAUUAUUAAAUUUGGUGUGGGAGGUCCUAAUUGUUUCGUUGCCAAUUUAUCUUCAUUUGUUCGCCGACAAAAAGGAACUUCUUUCAAACAAUCCACUCUUUUCUCAGUUACGUUCAUGGUUACGUAACGUAUGACGAAAGCGCGUAAGUGCAAGCCCACAGACACCCAUUGAGAUUGUAUUGAAGGCUCUGAAAUUUGAAAAAAAUAGAUUUUACAUGGGAGUCUAUGACAGACUUCUGGGCGAUUUUCAACCUGACUGAAAUCGCCCCAAAAGGGGGGGGAGCCAUUUGAAGCACGACUUUAGCCUGAUUCGACAUUUAGUGGCAGUGUGGCACUGUGGCAGAUCAGACGUAUAGAUUACAACACUGAUAACUACUGUUGCCGUGAUAUAAUUGAUUAGAAAAAAAAUCCCUUCCUUUUCCCGUUUGGCAGUGCGUCGCCCAUAUCGCCCUAUUGAACAGGCCGCCCCUGCUGCUCCUCAUGGAUGCAAUCAUAAAUCACUAGAAACCAUUUUCCCAUCCGGUUCACUCUUCCCUCAUCUUUUGCUGCCUUCACAGUUUGUACUCUGUGGAGUGUAAAAACACAUAAUAAAUCAUCACAUUUCUCACCAGUUCCUGAAAUGUAGCUCAAUAAAGGCUUUAAUUUUGUUGGGUGUAAAAUGAUGCUGAGCUUGCAUUCCUACAACAUCAUCUCAGGUGUGUCUGUCUGAGGGAAAUGUUUUGACCCACACAUUUUAAGCUACGCAGAAAUGAUCCUGAGUCAAACAGAGAUUCUACCCUAAGUAAUCUUCCCCGCUCCACACCCUUGGACCACAGAAGACAUAACACAGAGAUCAUGACAUUCUACUGGGGGAUUGUGGCAUAUGCAAGUUGGCCCACUUUCCCUUCGCUCUCCGCUCGAAUGGAAACUCCUCUAAAGGUCCCAUAGUCACCUUAUUUUUGGGUUGAGGAGUUGGACCAGAAUCAGAACAUGGCUGCACUGUAAUUUGUCUGCUGCCCUAGUUUCCUCCUGACAUACUGUAAACCGGUUCCGUAACAAGUUUCUUCACUUUUUAAAACUUCUAUCCAAAAUCCCAAUAGCUUUGAGGUCAUUUUGAGUGUGAAGGUAACCUACUAAUCAUGAAACCUUGAUAAACGUUCAGUACAGGCCCACAUCUGAGUUAAGCAAAGGAAUGCAGGAUCAAUAAACUGUUGAGGUAUUGACCAGUCCAAUGUGUGCUAUUCAUCCUCUGUAAUAGGGGUGAGCAGCUGAAUCUCUGGAGGACUGUGUGGAUGACUUUUUUUUUGUAUUGUGGAUGCUAGAAAACAACCACCAAAUGGAAUUCAGUUAGAAUUUUUUUGUAAAACAUUCUUCCACCCUCUUUCUGUCAAAAAAGCUGAACAGUAUUCACUGUCUCUUUCUGUCUCCCUCCUCUCUUUGGGUUUAUGUUUAUGUACAGUGAGGGGAAAAAAGUAUUUGAUCCCCUGCUGAUUUUGUACAUUUUCCCACUGACAAAGACAUGAUCAGUCAAUAAUUUGAAUGGUAGGUUUAUUUGAACAGUGAGAGACAGAAUAACAACAAAAAAAUCCAGAAAAAUGCAUGUCAGAAAUGUUAUAAAUGGAUUAGAACCUUCAGCUCCCUCCACAGAUUUUCUAUGGGAUUAAGGUCAGGAGACUGGCUAGGCCACUCCAGGACCUUAAUGUGCUUCUUCUUGAGCCACAACUUUGUUGCCUUGGCCGUGUGUUUUGGGUCAUUGUCAUGCUGGAAUACCUAUCCACAACCCAUUUUCAAUGCCCUGGCUGAGGGAAGGAGGUUCUCACCCAAGAUUUGACGGUACAUGGCCCCGUCCAUCGUCCCUUUGAUGCGGUGAAGUUGUCCUGUCCCCUUAGCAGAAAAACACCCCCAAAGCAUAAUGUUUCCACCUCCAUGUUUGACGGUUGGGAUGGUGUUCUUGGGGUCAUAGGCAGUAUUUCUCCUCCUCCAAACACGGCGAGUUGAGUUGAUGCCAAAGAGCUCGAUUUUGGUCUCAUCUGACCACAACACUUUCACCCAGUUCUCCUCUGAAUCAUUCAGAUGUUCAUUGGCAAACUUCAGACGGGCCUGUAUAUGUGCUUUCUUGAGUAGGGGGACCUUGCGGGCGCUGCAGGAUUUCAGUCCUUCACGGCGUAGUGUGUUACCAAUUGUUUUCUUGCUGACUAUUGGUCCCAGCUGCCUUGAGAUCAUUGACAAGAUCCUCCCGUGUAGUUCUGGGCUGAUUCCUCACCGUUCUCAUGAUCAUUGCAACUCCACGAGGUGAGAUCUUGCAUGGAGCCACAGGCCGAGGGAGAUUGACAGUUAUUUUGUGUUUCUUCCAUUUGCGAAUAAUCGCAUCAACUGUUGUCACCUUCUCACCAAGCUGCUUGGCGAUGGUCUUGAAGCCCAUUCAAGCCUUGUGUAGGUCUACAAUCUUGUCCCUGACAUCCUUGGAGAGCUCUUUGGUGUUGGCCAUGGUGGAGAGUUUGGAAUCUGAUUGAUUGAUUGCUUCUGUGGACAGGUGUCUUUUAUACAGUUAACAAGCUGAGAUUAGGAGCACUCCCUUUAAGAGUGUGCUCCUAAUCUCAGCUCGUUACCUGUAUAAAAGACACCUGGGAGCCAGAAAUCUUUCUGAUUGAGAGGGGGUCAAAUACUUAUUUCCCUCAUUAAAAUGCAAAUCAAUUUAUUAUUCUGUCUCUCACUGUUCAAAUAAACCUACCAUUAAAAUUAUAGACUGAUCAUGUCUUUGUCAAUAUACAAAAUCAGCAGGGGAUCAAAUACUUUUUUCCCUCACUGUAUGCCUGCACUUCAGAUAUGCUUUUUAGGGUAAAGAAAUCUGAAAUAUACUUGAGUAGCCUAGUCAUUGACUUUUGGCAAUCAUUUCAGUUAGGGAGUAAUGUAAAAUAUAAUACAUAGCUGUUUGAAUUUAAUGUCAAAACACACAUUUUAAGGUGUGACUGAGCAUUACAUUUACAGUGCAGACCAGUGCAUUCUAUGCCUUUUCAUCUCUUUCACAUCCCUGCCAUUACAUGUCUAUCAAUACCUCCAGAGCUCAGGGUUUCCUCAAAAUGGAGGGGGAGAGAUACAAGGAUAGAGAGAAAGUUUUAGGAGAAAUGUGCGAGAGAGAGUGCUAGAGACAUGAUUACAUAAUCUCAAUCAAUCAAUCAAUCAAUCAAAUGUAUUUAUAAAGCCCUUUUUACAUCAGCAGAUGUCACAGAGUGCUAUACAGAAACCCAGCUUAAAACCCCAAACAGCAAGCAAUACAGAUGUAGAAGCAACUGUUGCUAUACGGCAUUUACAUUUCUCCCAAGGGUAGACUUGGCUGACACAGCACGUUUAACACAUUAAACCUAAUUGCACACUUUGGGAAAGAAACAGUGUAUACACAAAUGUGAAAUCUCCUGGUCAAAUGACUAAAGCUGCCGUAUCACAAAUGUCCAUGUAACACAAAAAAACAGGAGAAAUGCUCGCACAGGGAGUUGUGAUUCCAAGCUGUUACUUUGUUUCCAUGAGGAGUGGUCUCCCACCUGUCCUGUGAGGUUUGGAGCACAUCCAGUCGUGCCUAGGGGGGAUACCAGCAUCACUCUGGGAUUGGGAAUGUUCUCUGUUUGCCAGGGAUCUGUUGGAGGUGUGGAGAGAACUAUCCCAGCCUGUGGGGAGCAGACUACUGCUACCAUGUCCCAUAGAGAUGCAGAUAACAUGUUACAAUGAGUUUGUGGCACAGUCAGUCAGAAACACAAUAUACUCAUAGCAAUACAUUUUGAGAUUAUUGAAGCUUUAGUGAAGGUACAGUUUAAUACUCUGUAGAUUUCAUGAGAGGUGUCAUGCCCAUAGGGGGCACAGGGGCACAUGCCCCCUCAUAUUUGUCCUGUUAAAAAAAUAUAUAUGUAAAAAAUUGUAACAUUUUUAUUGUUUCUCUGUAAUAUUACUAGCCACCUAGCAAUUUUACGAAGUUGGCCCAGAUAGGUUCCAAAUCUCCCAACCUCAUAACUAGCUACCAAGAAGCCAUUUCAGGCUAUCAGUCAAGUUAGAGUAGCUAGCUUGUCCAACUAUCUUAGCUGGCAUGCCUGUUGGGAAGGUUGGUAGACUUUAGAAAAUAAAUCAAUUACUAAAUGUUCUGAAUAAGACUUGCAUUCCUUUAAAUUUGAGCAGAUAUGCGGAGAACCAUAUUUAGUUUCUAUAAAAAAAUAACCACCAGUCAGGAGGUAUGCUCAAGAGGUAUGCUUAAAUAUGCUAAAUAAUAAACAUUUUGUUUUACAUAGAAUUAAGCAUAAUGAUUUAUGGCUCUAGAUUGCAGGACAAAGCUGUUUCAGGUGUUUGAAAAAUGCCAAAUUCUCCAAUUCAAACCCCAGCCAUCCUGAUGUAAUUUGUUCCCCCUCAGAUUUUUGGGGUGCAUGACACCCCUGGAUGUCAUCAUGGCAGUGUGUGUAGAGUAAUGACAUUAAAAUAGAUUUGCCUCAAACUGUAGGCGUAUCCCAUAUUUUGUUACAGCCACACUUACUGUAAGUGCAAAUCUUUUUAUGCCUUGUUUUGCAAGAUUAGUUGAAUCUGGUUUUAGUAGAGUUAACUCUGCUUUUUUGUCAAUAGAGUGUUGCCAUGGGAAACUUUCAUUUCUAUUUUCCCAUUUCUUUAGAGAACAUGGUUAACCAAAACAGCUCUUAAUGUUCAGUUUUUACCUCUUACCGUCAAAGUAGAGCCCUUCACAGGCAUGAAUUUUAAGCCCUACCCAUGCCCACAACGUUCAGGCCUUACCCUACCCAGGCCCGAUUGCUUCUGCCAAAUUUAAGGCCCGGGUGGGCUGUUAAGGUGACCGUAUUACCGCCACACCGGCAGUCACAAGUCAUAACCGCAGUCAAAUUCCAUGUGACCAUUUAGUCAAGGUAACUAGGCUUCUCCAAACUCUGAUGCUGCUGAUGGUCAUUAGUGGCCUACCAAACAUGCUAACUGCCUGGUACUCAGCACUCUAAUGUCCCUCUAAUCACUCUGACAUCAAUUUAUUUUUCUAAAAUCAAAUCAAAAUACUUAAUGAGAGCCCAUGAGCUCAUGUUACGCAACAUUUCUAUAGGCUAUGCAAUUGCGUGAGAAAACAGAUUUUGAUGGCCUCUAUUUAAAAAGAGGAGGAUCCCAUCAGCUUUCUAUAGGCUAGGCCUACUAUAUAUAUUUAUUUAUUUAUUUAUUUAUUUAUCAACUUUCCUAAUAUAAAGCACAUUGCUAAGCUUCCUCCAUUCGCUAUUUAAUGCAUAAUUUUUUUUUUCUUCCCAUGUUCCAUGUUCCAACACAGGUGCAUGAUAACGGUCCAUUCUAAAUCAAAACAAAAUUUCAACAAAUUUUUUAUUUUGUAUAUGUAAAGACAACAUUAAAUUGAGAAUAGUCUGAUGGGUGACAAUAUUAGCCUAUCACUUGUGAAUUAUGUAGUCUCACUUGUGAAUGAUUCCCAGCGUCUGCAGUAAGGCAAGAAACAGCGUAUGCUUUUUUAUUGCGACUUUUUCAAAUCAUAGUCGCACACCUCAUGUAGUCUAGCCAUAGGCCUAUAUGUCUUGAUAAGGUUAGUAUCACAACUAAAGUGGCCAAAUAACUUCUUAACAUUAAGCACAUUAAUCCGCUUUACAACCAGUGUAGAGCCUAACUGGCAUACAUAGGCGGCACAUGAUUUUCAAGUUUGGGGAAGAUAAUUUUCACCAUAAUAAUGCACCUUUAUAAUAAAGCAUUGCAUGCAUAAUCGCAUAUGCGGUCACUUUUGAGAACAGUGUUUUCCCGCUAAUUGAUUGCAUUUUGGAACAUUCGCGCCUAUAGCCUACUGCUGUGUGUGCAUUGCUGCGCUUAUAAUGUGAAGAAAUAAGCUAAUAGUUUAUCAUCAUUUUAAGCUAAAUGGUCUGAUCGGUUGCAUCAGCCUCAUUGCUUUUAAAAUAUUUUUUUGAUAUGAGUGGUUGUAUUAAUUUGGGAUCUAUCGCAUCCCACAACUGUCCCAGAGUAUGUUUGGAAUAUUUAUUUCUCGCACAGAAGGACAAGUUGACCAAUAGAAUAGGUUAACUUUGUACUAUGGGGGAUAUUAGAUUGACAUAGGCUAGUGCUUUUGCUGUUUGUUAGGCCUACUCAUCUUGUUGGCUGAUGAAAAGUAGGUUAAUUAUGGACAGUUCUACUAACAUCUUCAAUGUGCACCUCAAAAUUCGAUAAGAGGGUCGCACGCAGUUGCGUCCCCGACGUGUCUGUCUUCACUUGUUGCAUACUUCUUAGCUGAGAUGCCUGUGAGAAGGACCCGAUCACGUGACGGGCAUUGGCUAAUAAGAAUUGAGAGAGCCAUGUGAGUGAGAGGGGCUUCGAAGCCCAAGGGCACAACUCAGCCCAAGGGCACAACGGCAUCUUUGGCCACAAAAGGCAUGGAUUUUUGGGGGAGCAUUACGGCCACACAAGGGGGAUGCCGCCGGAAAAUUCGAGGCUUGGUGAGAAUAUAUUAUCAAGUGCUUGUGAAAUUGUGAAUGAGAGACUGAUGAAGUAUGUGGAGCAUGCACAAGAAACAAAUCAGAGCUCAUGCCUUUCAUGCAACUUUUUUCAAAUCAUCAUUACAGUCGCAUCAUGCAGCCUUAUAAUGUAUUAAAAUCAAAACAUACAGUAUAGCCCAACGUUUGUAUCACAACUAAAGUUGCAUAAAAAACCCUAAAUUAAGCAUAUAGGAGGACCUGUUUCUUUGUUAACCGCUCAAUACAGAAUAGCCACGUGCGCAUUUCCUUUGAAAUCGUUUGGAGAAAAUAUCCUUUCUAUUUUAUUCAGCUAUGUUCAAUUGCAUUCUUCAUACUAUAAAAUAAUAAAAAAGAAUGCCAUGGAAUUCUUAGCAAAUCUUGUCUGCUAAAUGAACUAGUUUAGCCCACAGCCAUAUGGCAUAGCCAGAUCAGGGCCUAACAUAAGGACAACUCAGAGUAUGCUAUUCUGUUCUUCUGAAAUUGACAACAUUUUCUUCAUAUCAUGUUUCUUUAGACCUGUCUAAAAUAAAUAAUGGAUUUAUUGUGAUGGUGUAGGCUAUAUUAAAUGGAUUUAUUAGACUUUUUUAAAUGUAGAUGUUCCAAAGGUCUGCAUUAGUGGCUUGUAAGCGUGGAAGCCAGGAGAGGCUAAACGUGUUUAUGUUAAUUAACGGUCAAUUACCGUGAGACUGGCAGUUAUUUGCUCGACAAUCACCGGCUGACAAAGUUUCAUGGCCGCCACAGCCCUAGUGCCCGGCUCUGCCCGAAAUCAGAAAUAACUUCCUCCAUCAGUAAAUCCAUUAGAUCCUCUCUGUCUGUCACUCGCUGUGCAUGCGCUCUGCUCAUGGCGGCUCUGGUCUGUGAGUAUCCAUAGCAACGGCUCCACUUCCGCUGCUCUGCUCAAUGACGAGACAUGAGAGAGCAGUUAGCUGUUAGCUCCUUUUCAUCAUUCUAAACUCUGACAAAACUCAAAGAACAUUAUUAUUUUCUGUGAAAUAAACUCUCUACCCGGCCCUAACCUGAUGUAUAAUGUUGGGCUCGGGUCGGGUAGCAGAGCUCUACCUUAAAGGACAAUAAUGAGCGCAUUCCCCUUUCUGUGGAGGGGGAAAUACCAAGGUCCAAAAGAGAUUUAAAGUUUCAGCAACGGCAGUAGAGAAACAGAGAGAGAAACAGAGAGAGAAACAACCACAAAACAAAAAAACCUUAGCUGGAAACCCUCUCAUGACCUGAUGAAGAUCGAACUCAGAUCGAAACGCUGUAUUUUUUGUGCAUCUGAUUAAAUCACCAUGGGAGCAUACCAGUUGCGGACAUUCUUUUUUUCUUUAACCCUCUCAAACAACCAUACCGAAACAGACAGAAUGGCUCUGGGUCUGCCCAUCUUGGCCUGGGACUGUUUGUGCACCUGGUUACUUUUGGCCCCCUCUGGUCCACUUUGGCCUUGUCCCAGUCCCCUGGCCUAGAUACGCAUGUGAUUUUGGGCUUGCUGUUCACAUCAUCAGUCCCUCUCCAGAGCACAUCUAGAACAAGGCAGGGCAGGACUGCAUCUGGAGCUGAGCAGGCUUGUUACUGUAGUACUCCCAUGUGCAUUGGUUUACUGCAGCAAUGCAAUUAUUUAUUAGACUAGGAAACUCGAAAGUCGGUGAGCGGGACGCAAGCAGGUACACACUUGACACUUAGGCACACGCACGUUCGCACAAUUACCAAUUAAUGCGCUCAUGUAUUCAUGCACACGACACGCCACAUGCGGUCAUGAACACAGACACGUACGUACACACACACCCAAACACAUGUAGGCAAACUUGCAGGCAUGCACGCAUGUACAGCAGAAUGAUUGUUUUUGUGAUCUUGUCAUAAAAUAUCAUUUGAUACAGAAUGCCUACUGGGCACAGCCUAUUCAAUGUCUAUUCCACAUUGGUUCAACGUCAUUUCAUUGAAAUGACGUGGCAACAACGUUGAUUCAACCAGCGUGUGCCCAGUGGGUGGCCUCUCCUUCAUGCACAUCUGUUGCCCUAACUCAAUUAUAAUAUUGGGUUACUCCAUUUUACUCAGUAAAACGACUCGAUGAUCAUGGUUCGAGGACUGUGUCUGAGACUAGGUUUAACAUGUCUAGAACUCUUCAUGCAAUUAAUUUCGUACACUAAUACACACAGCGCUGUGAGUUCUGGGGGUUGUUGCUGUGAGUGUGUUUUCAGAUGACUGUGGUGAGUGACGUAAGAGAUCAACGUGGGCCUGUGUCUGGUGACUGGUACAUAGUAGAUCUUCGGAGGCUAUGUAAUUACAGCCCACAUUGUAGUCAUUUAAUUGGGAGGUCGUCUGUAAGAGGUCAUGACCACCAAGUGCUUCUCCUCCCAAUGAUCUCAUCUACAUUCCUCCACUUUGAGCUUCCUCUCAUUUAGUGCUGAUAACUAAAUGGCUUUGUUUGUCACAUAACUAUCAAAUAUACUUUAUUACCACCAGUAAUCGAUUUAAGUUUGAAAUAACAUUGACCAUUAAAAAAAAAUCGACAUAGGACUGUAUCUGGAUGUUUGCCACAAGUGUCCAUCCAUUCAUUUUAUAAGACAAAAGUUAAGUCCUUUGCAUUCUCUUUAUUUCCAGAUGCAGAUCCUGGACAAGUUCCCAGUGGAGGGAGGGAGGAAGGACCCAAAACAGAGAAUCAUUCCCUUCUUACCAGGUGAGCAUGCCGGCAUGUACAGAAGACAUACUGCACUCAUCAACAAGUCUCACUGGGCAAAAACGGGUUUAAUCAAAGUUUUUUCCAUGUCAUUUUAACCAAAAUAAUCAAUGUGAUGACGUUGAAACAACGUGAAACACUGAUUGGAUUUGCAAAAAACAUCAACAUAAGGGCAUUUCGUCUUUUUUUUUAUUCAACUUUUAACCUAAAUCUAAUGACAUAUUGUUUUUUUGUUGAUUUCACAUUGAAUUCACCUUAAUUGACAACUCAAACAAAUUUUAAUCAAAACUAGACGUUGAACUGGGGGAACAGCAGCAUUUUAAAGGUGGGGGUUUGACACCACAUUGAAACAAAAUGCUAUGAAACGCAAGAACACACAGAAAGGACCUGCUUCUCUAUCAUUUGGAAUAGAAAUUGGUUUGCUAUAACAUAGCACAUUUCUAGUUUUUCCACUGUUCCAGCCAGCUGAAUAAGGCUGUGGUGUGCUUGUAGUAUGGCAGUAGGAGGCUAACCUGAUAACCUCAGCAUGCCCCAGAGGAGUGAAGAGUGCCAUUGUCAGAGAGCUGCACAGCUCCCAAACGUCUGGAUAGUGUUGUAAAACCUAGCCAGGGAGUGGGCUCUGUGCACUUACUCACUCUAAAAGAAACAGUCGUCUUACUGUUAUCAUGACAGACAGAAAGACAGACACAUUUCACACAUAUUUGACAUUUGUCUUUUUCAUGAAAUCUUGUCUCGAGUACUACAUACUAUUUCGAAUAGGCCUACUACAUAAUAUGCCAGACUGUUUCUUAAAAAGUCCACUGCCAAAUGCCUGGGUCUGGGCUAGUGUCAUGCCACCUGGUGAUAAUUUUAGAAACAGCACAUUUAAUGACAACUCAAAGUUCUGUAUCUCUUUUACAGGUAAACUCUUAUUUCGGCGAAGUCAAGUCAGAGACGUGGCUGUGAAAAGGUUGAAGCAUCUUAAUGACUACUGCAGAGUAAGAACAAACUAUCUUGUUUUUGUCUUUGCAGUAAAUUAUGUGCUGUUUGCUGCUUUUAAGAGCAACUGCUCAUUAACUCUUCCCACCUGCGAACAUAUACACGAGACACCCACGUCAAUCCACACCCCGAAACCAACACCCGUUUGAAUUUCGUCAUGGCCGCUAUAAUUUCUAAAUUAACCAAAUCUAAAAUGAAGCCAAAUCAGGAAGUGCAGUCACCCUUCAAUGACUGGCAAGAGGUCUUUCUAUUACUUAUAGCUGACUACAGUAAGUAGCCACAUCUCACACUGUACAGUCAUUUCUCUAAUUGAUGGUUUAGUUUUAAUGUCUUUGUAGCAUGUUUGCUGUGGAAGAGAGAAGCUACUGUAUCUCCACCACCAGCAUCCACAGGAAAGUCUAGCUCGAUCUGCUCUUACAGUAUGUCAUUUCUUUAUAUAGUGGGUUUAUAUAGAAAACGGGGGAAAUAGGGGCACACAGCUCAAACGCAGGAUGUGUAGAACAGAAUGAUUCAGCAUGUGAGAUGGAGAAAUGAACACAGCUGGCCACCUGACCUCAUUUGUGACCGACCUGGCUCGAUUCGGUCUUAUGUAACAACAUUUGAAAUUGUGUUUUUUACAUUGGAUAAAAGUAGAGACUCAGAGCUAGAAAAUUGUAUAUCAUACACUACAGUUGAGGAACAAUGGGAAAGUAAUUCUGCUUUGAAAGUUGAUAAACUUGUAACCACACUUUUGAGAAAAUGGCCUUGAAUGUUUUAGUACCUACUGGAAAGCUCUUCUUUGUCUACACCCAAUCAGCAUCAUUCACACCCUCUUAAGCUUUAGCCCCACCCAUCUCUUUAAGGAUUCACAUGUGAGGCUAUGUACUAAACAACCAAAGAUUUCAAGACUAAAGGCUGGCUUAUACUACGGGUGUGUUGGUAAAUUUAAUCUGGAGUGCCAGAGUGUGCUCUGGGGGUUCGUAAACUCAGAGCGUUGUCAGAUUGUCCGUUCGUAAAUUCAGAGCGUUUCGCUCUCGGAGCGUUCAGAGCGCACAUUGGAUGCUCUGGCCGAGGAAUUAGGGUUCAUCCGAGCCUUCUGACCUAACAACACCAGUCAAGCACCCAAGCUAACUGGCUAAUGUUGGCUAGCUUGCUAGCUACUUCCAGACACAAAUGAGAGAACAGCUCACUCUGACCAUUUUACUCGCCCUAGCAGAGCUGGUUAGGCUGUUUGUAUGUUAUCCAGAGCGUUGGUGACUGCAACUGUGCUGCUGGCAACAAUUUUAAAUACGCUUCUUUUGCCAAUGUUUACUGACACCGGCCAGGAGUAGGUAGCCAUAGCUACAGUUGAAGUCAGAUGUUUACAUACACCUUAGCCAAAUACAUUUAAACUCAGUUUUUCACAAUUCCUGACAUUUAAUCCUAAUAAAAAUUCCCUGUCUUAGGUCAGUUAGGAUCACCACUUUAAAUUAAGAAUGUGAAAUGUCAGAAUAAUAGUAGACAGAAUGAUUUAUUUCAGCUUUUAUUUCUUUCAUCACAUUCCCAGUGGGUCAGAAGUUUACAUACACUCAAUUAGUAUUUGGUAGCAUUGCCUUUAAAUUGUUUAACUUGGGUCAAACGUUUCGGGUAGCCUUCCACAAGCUUCCCACAAUACGUUGGGAGAAUUUUGUCCCAUUCCUCCUGACAGAGCUGGUGUAACUGAGUCAGGUUUGUAGGCCUCCUUGCUCACACAUGCUUUUUCAGUUCUGCCCACACAUUUUCUAUAGGAUUGCGGUCAGGGCUUUGUGAUGGCCACUCCAAUAUCUUGACUUUGUUGUCCUUAAGCCAUUUUGCCACAAAUUUGGAAGUAUGCUUGGGGUCAUUGUCCAUUUGGAAGACCCAUUUGCGACCAAGCUUUAACUUCCUGACUGAUGUCUUGAUGUUGCUUCAAUAUAUCCACAUCAUUUUCCUUCCUGAUGAUGCCAUCUAUUUUGUGAAGUGCACCAGUCCCUCCUGCAGCAAAGCACCCCCACAGCAUGAUGCUGCCACCUCCGAGCUUCACGGUUGGGAUGGUGUUUUCAGCUUGCAAGCCAUCCCCUUUUCCCUCCAAACAUAACGAUGGUCAUUAUGGCCAAACAGUUCUAUUUUUGUUUCAUCAGACCAGAGGACAUUUCUCCAAAAUGUACGAUCUUUGUCCCCAUGUGCAGUUGCAAACCGUAGUCUGGCUUUUUUAGGGCGGUUUUGGAGCAGUGGCUUCUUCCUUGCUGAGCGGCAUUUCAGGUUAUGUCGAUAUAGGACUCGUUUUACUGUGGAUAUAGAUACUUUUGUACCUGUUUCCUCCAGCAUCUUCACAAGGUCCUUUGCUGUUGUUCUGGAAUUGAUUUGCACUUUUCUCACCAAACUACGUUCAUCUCUAAGAGACAGAACGCGUCUCCUUCCUGAGCGGUAUGACGGCUCUGUGGUCCCAUGGUGUUUAUACCUGCGUACUAUUGUUUGUACAGAUGAACGUGGUACCUUCAGGCGUUUGGAAAUUGCUCCCAAGGAUUAACCAGUCUACAAUUUUUUUUCUGAGGUCUUGGCUGAUUUCUUUAGAAUUUCCCAUGAUGUCAAGCAAAGAGGCACUGUGUUUGACGGUAGGCCUUGAAAUACAUCCACAGGUACACCUCCAAUUGAUUCAAAUGAUGUCAAUUAGCCUAUCAGAAGCUUCUAAAGCCAUGACAUCAUUUUCUGGAAUUUUCCAAGCUGUUUAAAGGCACAGUCAACUUAGUGUAUGUAAACUUCUGACCCACUGGAAUUGUGAUACAGUGAAUUAUAAGUGAAAUAAUCUGUCUGUAAACAAUUGAUGGAAAAAUUACUUGUGUCAUGCACAAAGUAGAUGUCCUAACCGACUCGCCAAAACUAUAGUUUGUUAACAAGACAUUUGUGGAGUGGUUGAAAAACAAGUUUUAAUGACUCCAACCUAAGUGUAUUUAACCUUCCGACUUCAACUGUAGGUCUAUCGACAGUUGUCGCAGUGACAUCAUGAACAUUCUAUUUAAAUAGUUACUUGCAUAGUGGAGUCUUUUGUUUAGACAUGUAGCUAGCUAACUAAACAAUGAACCAUAAUCCCAACUCAUAACAUUAUUACCCUGCAUGAAUGUGGCAGUAAUCACACGUAUUUAUUGUGGAAAAACCGAAAUCUGCCAUAUGAGCUGUGAAUGCAGAGCCUUGUGACAGAUAGUGCUGAGUCAAAAAGAGUAAAGUUCUAAAAUGUAAUUAUCUGAUUUACACCAAAUAUAAAUACUGUGUGUCCCUAAUUCUAUAUUUACAUUAUACAUUUGAGUCAUUUAGCAGAUGCUCUUAUCCAGAGCGACUUACAGGAGCAAUUUGAGUGCCUUGCUCAAGGGCACAUCGACAGGUUUUUCACCUAGUCGGCUCGGGGAUUAGAACCUGCGACCGUUCGGUUACUGGCACAAUGCUCUUAACCACUAAGCUACCUGCCGCCCCCCUAUAUCUUAUGCAUCUAUUCAUUGUGUAUGCAAACAGUUUAUUUCUAAAGUACUUUUCAAAGCAGACACGGUUGUAGUCCUGUCAGAGAGGGUUUUGGUAGCUAUCGUCCUCCAUCUGUUUUCCUCUGUCUUAGCCCUGCUCCGGGCUCUGAUCCCUCUUCCUUCCCCUUCUCGUCUUCCAGACCUCCCCUUCAUCCUCUCAGCCGAUGAGUAACAGGGCCUUACUGUAAACCAGGGUUCCCCAACUGGUGGCUCUUAGGCCGAAAUCAGCCUGUGGGUGAUUUUAUUUGCCCCCCCCCCCCCCCCCCCCCCCCGAGGUUUUCUGAACAAAAUAAAUAAAUAACUAAAUAUAUACAAUAUAUUUUUUAAGAAAUGUAAUUGUUGGACAUAAAAGACUGUAAAAACACCAGAAAAUCAGCUCGAAGUGAUUUUAAAUCUGUUCAAAAGUAUUCCCAUGCUUAGUAGAGAGAUAUACUGUAUGUGAUCAUAUACAAAUGUAAUCAAGGUUUGAAAUAAUCAUAUUUUAGUCUGUUUGGGCUUCUUGCGGUCAAUUUGCAGUCUACAAAUUAUUUGUAAUUAUGUUCCGGCCCCCUGACCAUCCUCUCAGGAAGAAAUCGGCCCGCGGCUCAAUAUAGUUGAUGAUCCCUGCUGUAAACUGUGCUAUCCGCAUCUGUACUAUACAGGAACACACCCACAGUCCUUUUGUAAUGUAGUGGGAGGCUUCCACGUAUGGAGUCAGUCAGUUGGUGAAAUUCAGGGUACAUGUGACCACAUUAGCUGAAAAAGUUGUCUUGAUAAUGUGUAAUGAAGUCUUGUCAUUGUAAAUGAUCAUUAUCCUAUUUCACAAUUAUACUAUUUUCCAUCACUCUCCUUCUCGCCCUCCUUCCCUCUCUCCCUCCAGGCCGUGAUGAGGCUCCCUAACCAAAUCUCCCAGAGUGAGGAGGUGCUGAGGUUCUUUGAAACCAAGGCUGAGGACCUCAACCCUCCUAAAGAGUGA